AUGAAGUUUGCUCUGAUCGUGCUCUUGGCCGUAAGCGCCUUUGCUAGCGCUGACGAAGACAACUCCGUGGAAACAGCCCUUAACUUCAUCAAGGACUGCAAAGGAGAUUACAUUUUAUGUGUGAAGGAGAAAAUGUUGAGGAUUGUGGAUAAUUUAAGAGGAGCCAGGAAUAUUGUCAUUGCUGAAGGUGUGGUCCUGAAAGGAGAACCAGAUGUAAGGUCAGGCAAGAAGUUAGACACUCUGCCAGUUGAUCCGACAGCGAGAGAUGCUGAAAUUAAUUACAGACUUAUGGAUGGUGUCGUCAGUUUGUUUGAAACUCACGCCCUUGAAGUAAAAUUGAACCAGGCUGACAAAGAGGAGAUGCAACGAUCUCUUGAAGAAGGUCGUGGAAAGAAAAAAGGUGGCAGUGGAAUUGGUGGCAUCAUCGGUUUAUUGGGAGCUAAAGUUCUUCUCGGAAAGCUGUUUAUUGUAAAGCUUAUCGCACUAAAAGCUUUAGCUACCGCCAAAAUCGCAUUAGUCCUCGCAGUGAUCCUUUUCGUCGCCUGGUGUUUCAAACAAGAUCAUACCAAAACUACAUACGAAGUUGUGCCACAUGCUCAUCACCAUGAAUCUCAUCACCCAGUGCAUGUAGAGCAUCUGUCUCAUGAUGUCGGUCAUGGUUAUUCUGGUUACGGUUCCGACUGGAACAAGAACAUCGAUGACGCCCAAAACUUGGCCUACAGCGCUUACUCGCCUCACAAA